AUGGGCAGUGAUUCACAGCGAUCCCAGACCAACCUCCUGGACUCCUUACAGAACCUAGAAGCAUCAUACAAUAGGGCCAAGGUAGGCUUGCUGCCUGUUUUCGAGUACGCAAGUUCUUUCGUCGACAGCCAUGGACAUGAAAGCGCUAGCUUUUCAGCUCUACCCCUCCCAUCACCCUUGUCAGAUGACUACUGGUGCAUCGAUCCGCGAGGAACCCUGACCCUUCAGGUCGCUAAAGACACGUACGAGACAUUAGGGCUCGUCGGCUCCAAGCUCCCUUUCAAAUUCAGAGAGGCACCUGAGCAGUACAUCAUUCGAAUACCGUUACGGAAGCAGCUUGAAACACCCAAAAAUUGGGAGAGGUACAAGGGUGCACUUAAAGCUUGGGAUCAGAGGAGAGAAGAAAACGCUGGAGGGUGGGAUAUCUUGUUCAGCUGCUCCGUAGGAGGUUUUCAGCCCCCUUUCCCUCACAGCACCCCCAAUGCGAAGCCUCAAGUAACCAGACGGACGCAGGUGCAUAUUCCGAGGCCUUCGAUAACGCCGUGUCCUUUGAAAGGCGAGGAUGCCAAGGACGACUGGGAGGAGGGCAUGUCCGAAAUAUUUGAAUGGGUCGGUCUGGUGUCCCUUGCAAAUGGCGGGUCCAGGCUGGCAGCAAACGACAGGGUUGACCCCUUUGUCGCGAUAUAUAGCCCCCCGGACCCGUCAUACGUCGGGAACGUCGUCCACCUGCAAUGGACGGGAUUCCUUUCUCCGGAAUUUAUUCAAUCGGUGAUAAACUUCUUGGUUGAGCACCGUCCCCCCUUAUCUUCCGUAACAUCACACUGUCCAUAUAAUUCGCCGGUCUGUUACCUGCCGGCCCCUCCCAAGGCACCGCCGAUACGGGUGGUCACAGAAGACGCGGAAUGCACAUGGUCCCUAAUUCUCGAGAACGCCGAAGGCAGAGAAAGCCGGGGCGUUCCAGAGGACCCGGAGACGGGCGUUAGAGAGGCAACGUGGGCGAUGGCGGAGACGGCCAGCAAGUGGGAUAUGCGCUGGGGCUAG